AUGGAUACAUCCAUUUUGCAACAUAAAAUCGAAGAACUAGAACUUUCCGAAGCUUUAUUAAAGGACUUAACAAUACCACCUAUCAAAAAUAAAACCGAAAAGCAAAUAAUCACAAAAGAAUACGAGAUCCAAAAGCGUUUAAAACGGAGUAAAGAAGUAAUCUAAUCCCAAGAAAAAAAUCUUGAAAUAUUUUCCGAAAAUCCUACCUCAUAAAUAUUCCUUGUCCAUUUUGGUACAGGCAAUGAAUCUGAUGAUUUCCAAAUCCGCAAAAUAUUCGCUUAAAAACCUUUAAAAAUUAUUCUUUUUCCCGGUUUAAGUUACGCAUAUAUCCGAUUUGAGAACAAAGAAUAAUGCGAGGAGGAAUUAUUAAAAAAGACACAUAAAAUAAUUAAUAAUUAAGGAACAUUUUAUAUUGAAAUUCCCGAAAUUAAAAAAAUCUUCAUCUUUUUAUUCACUACAUUGUCAACUGAAUAAAUCCUAAAUAAUAAACCUAAUGAAAUCCCCAAUUCUCUUAAAUAUAUUGAAAUUCCAGGAAUUUUUUAUUUUCCCAAUUUUAUCACUGAAGAAUAAGAAAAUUACAUUAUUCAAUAAAUAGAUGAAAAACCCUGGAUUAAACUAUCUAAAAGACAAGUUCAGCAUUAUGGCUAUGAAUUUAUAUACGGAUAAAAUACAAUAAAUAAGGAAAAAAAAACAAAUCCAAUUCCUGAUUUUUUAUCAAAUAUGGUUCAACAAUUAAAUGAGUAUAUAAAAAAUAAAUAAAAACCAUUAGACUAGCUUACUAUAAAUGAUUAUAAGCCAGGAAAUGGUAUUUCCUCUCAUGUUGAUGCUCAUAGUCCUUUCGAGGAGUGUAUUGUUGUAGUCUCAUUAGUUUCAGGGGUUGUGAUUACUUUCAAGAGUUACAAAAAUGAAGAAAAAAGCUUGUUUUUGGAAAAUAGGUCAUUACUUAUAAUGAGUGGGGAGGGAAGAUAUGCUUGGACUCAUUGUAUAUCAAGUAGAAAAGUAGAUAGAGUUUAAGAUGAAGUAAUUUUUAGGAAAAGGAGAGUAUCGCUGACUUUUAGAACUAUUAGGUUUGAAAAAUGUUAAUGUUAGUUUAAGUUUUUUUGCGAAGAUUAAGGAUAUGAUCCAGUUGCUAUGAAAAAAGAUAAUCCACUUUUACAAUAGUUUUUGAAAGAAAAUUGAAUUUAUAUGAUGGGUUUUUUUAAUUCUCUUAU